GUCGCGGGCAGGCAGCGCAGCAAACACCCGGGCGAGGACCGCGUGUGUAGGUACUGCCGCCACAGGACCGGGGCCUGGCGUCUGUGGUGACCGCACGCACGCUCACUGAGCUCAGAAUGAGGGUCGCAGCCCUGAUCAGUGGUGGGAAGGACAGCUGUUACAACAUGAUGCGGUGCAUUGCCGAGGGGCACCAAAUUGUUGCAUUAGCAAAUCUAAGACCAGAUGACAACCAAGUGGAGUCAGAUGAACUGGAUAGCUACAUGUAUCAGACAGUGGGUCACCAUGCCAUUGACUUGUAUGCUGAGGCAAUGGCCCUGCCCCUGUAUCGCAGAACCAUCAGAGGAAGGAGCUUGGAGACGGGAAGAGUGUAUACCAGAUGUGAAGGUGAUGAGGUUGAAGAUCUCUAUGAACUAUUAAAGCUCGUUAAGGAAAAAGAAGAAAUAGAAGGGGUAUCAGUAGGUGCUAUACUUUCUGACUAUCAGCGUGUACGAGUAGAAAAUGUAUGUAAACGACUCAAUCUCCAGCCUUUAGCUUACCUUUGGCAGAGAAACCAGGAAGAUUUGCUCCGAGAGAUGAUAGCAUCUAAUAUCGAGGCUAUUAUCAUCAAAGUAGCAGCUUUGGGCUUGGAUCCUGAUAAGCAUCUUGGAAAAACCCUGGGUGAAAUGGAACCUUAUCUUUUAGAGCUCUCCAAGAAGUAUGGUGUCCAUGUGUGUGGAGAAGGUGGGGAGUAUGAGACGUUCACAUUGGACUGCCCUCUGUUCAAGAAGAAGAUCGUUGUGGACACUUCUGAGGCAGUCAUCCAUUCAGCCGAUGCAUUUGCACCUGUGGCUUAUCUGCGGCUCUCAGGGCUGCACUUGGAAGAGAAGGGAUGGGGGAAGAGAGGAAAAAUUUUCUGAAACAAUAAAGGAAGCUGUAAGUGAGAAAAGGUGAAACAUUAGACGAAGUGCAAUGAAAUCAAACAGGAGUUUUAAGGGAAGUACAGAGCAGGUGAUCAGGACGGAGCAGAUGCCUGUCAGUCUGUCUUUGGAGGUAGGUGAAGAUCAGUGUUAGAUCUUUGUAUGAAAGACCCAGAGAAGUUACCCUCUGCUUUCAAGUGAAGUUCUGUGAAGAAGAGUCAUGAUAGGAAACAGAAAUAAUUGGAAAAGGUCUUAUGUCCUGUUUUCUUCCCCACUUCCUGAGGCACUUUUGCAGCUGCAUGUGUGUUACAUGGAAUCACGGUGACAUUUUCAGAGUAUGCAGCAUCUCUAAAAAUAGAAUGAAAACUGGUCCCCACACCUCAGGGUAAGUCAGUAAGAGAGAGCAAUGACUAGGCCCAGCAAGAUGACAAUUACAAGAGAAAACAUUGCCAUCAAACCCUGAGAAACAUAAUACACAAACACGCACAAAUAAAUAAUUAUUAUGCAUGCCACUUCCCACAAAGUUAAUGAUGAAUAAGAUGAAAACCAAUAUAAUAUUAGACUAGACUAAAGGUAAACAUUUAUAACCUUUUAUCAAAAAUUAGUAACAUCACAGAAUGGCAUUAUUCCAUUAAACACCUUCUGAAUUCACUAGGAGGAAACCUUCCCUCUUCUCCUUUUGGUUCCAUGAGCACAGGUAAGAACCUAGUACACUAAUCUCCUACUUAUGCAUUCCUCCAUUUGAAAUUUAGCUUCACCCAGUAGCUCCCUGGGGUUCUCUGGUACUUCCUUGGACUUCGCAGGCCAUUAGCCCACUGUAGAUAACUAUUGUUUCUUUAUGAUUUGAUUUACUGACAUUAACAAAUAUGUCAUAUUUGCCUUUUUUUUUGUAGGUGUCUUCAGUACCUGGGGAUGAUGAAACAACUAGUUAUAUACACAAUUCUUAAUAUUUAUACUGCAUUUUAAAAAUUAUUAUGACCUACUUUUCUUUUUACAAUUUUUAAUUCUUAAAAAAUAUUGGAAACAUUGAAUAAUUGGGAGAAUUUCAGUGAACUCUUCUCUGAUUUUGCCAUUUCUUCAACUUGCUUUCUUCUACAAACAUAAUUUAUUUUUUAUUCCUAUUAGAUUAUUAUUAUAUCACCCAUCACUUUCCUCAGAACCCUACUAUAUACCCCUCCUUGCUCCUUUUCAAAUUUAUGGACACCAUUUUCAUUACUGUUGUUAUAAAACCCUCUCACUGUGUCUCACUCUCUGUCUCUGCACUCUCCUCCUCCCACGCCUUACACACACACACACACACACACACACACACACACACACACACACACACUUUCCUAAAUACAUAAAUACAACCUGUCCAGACUGUAUAGCAUUGCCUAUAUUGUGUUGUCAGGGUUGGCCAUUUGCUGUUGGAUAACCAAGUGGUAUGCUCUUCCCCCAUGGGUUUUCCCAUCCACUUUAGCAUGUCCGUCAGUGCCCUCACUGUUUAGCUCAUGUUUAGGGAGCCAUGAUAAGCCUUCACGGGUGCAGUUUCUGAGGCUCCUGGGAGAAGCAAACUCCCUGGUCCUCUGGCUCUCACAGUCCUCUCUCCCCUUUACUCUCAUGUUGGGAACUAGUCUCUUGGCCUUUGUGUGGCGGGCCCCUGUAUUUCCUUUGAUUCCUCUCCAGCCCUCUUCAUUUAGCAUUUCCUUGUCAUACUUUUUUCUCCCCUCUUUUUCCCACCCCAUGUCCUGAAAAGAGGUAUCAGAAAAUGAAGACCCUGAUCUUUGUACUUAGCUCAUUGUAAUCACGUGUCAUUGUAAUCACGUGUCACUGCAGUAAUUUCUCUUUUCUAUUUUUUUAUAUAAUCAUUCAAAAUGUUAUUCAUCAUUGGAUAAUUAGAAAGAUUAUCAUAAGUGGCUGGUUAUUUUAUGAUUGAUUUUAAAGAAAUUUUAAGUAUCACUUAUGAAUACCUAAUAUAUAUUUUUUUAAAAACUAUUUUUCUAGAAUAAUUUUAUGUUCACUGCAAAACUGAAUGGAAAAGCACAAAGUGCCCAUGCUUAUUUUUUGUGCCACUGGAACACCAUCUGCCUCAUAUCGGCAUACUAUACCAGAGAGGUAUUUUGUAACUGAUAAACCCUCGUUGCUAGAUCCUUAUCAAAGGUGCAUCUUUAACCAGAAAUGGUGGUUGCCCCUGUAAUUCCAGAACUUGAGAAGUUGAAGCAGGAGCUGUGCUGUGAGAUGUGGCCUGGAUCACCUUGUCUCAAAAACAAACAAAAACAUCAUAGUUUGUACAAAGUCUCACAAUUGUGGUUUUACAUUCCAUGGGAUUUAACAAAUGUUCAAAACCGUAGAUGCAUCGUUAUCCCCCUAUAACACAAUAGUUCUGCUGUCUUAAUAAUCCUGUGUGCUCCACCUAUUCAUCCUUCUGUCUGCUCCAGCCCCUCCCUGGCAACCACUGAUCUCUCUGCUCUCUAGUUUUGCAACUUUGAGGAUAUCAUGUGGUAGCAAUCCUUAACUUAUUAGUACGUGUUUUGAUUCCCUUGUUUCUCAUUAUGGUUGUUUCUACUUUUUGUCGAGUAUGAAUAAAGCUGCUAUCAAUAUUCAUGUAUAA